AUGUCGUCCACACCUGUUCAAUAUCUACCGGAGCUGAGUUCUGAUGUAUGCCAAAGAUGUAAAGAUCUGCCUGCAGUGUUGGUCUCUCGAAAAGAGAAGUUCUGCGCAAAAUGCUUCAUCUGGUUUAUGAGGGGCAAGCAGAGAAAGCAAAUGCUCGAUGAUCGGUACAAGGUCAAAUACGGCGCCAUAGCUGAGCGUUUGGGCGUGCAGCGGGUCUUGCUUCCGUUGUCUUUUGGGGUGUCUUCCCUCGUGUUGUUCGACAUGAUAGCAUCGUUACUCCAGGAACAGAACCUAAUGCACAAAGGCAAGCAGGGCUUCGAGUUGGUCGUGGUGCAUUUGCAGGAGGACCAGCAAUCCAGGUCGGAGCUUUUCCAGGCCCUCGCAGGCAACUACACCCCAGUAAGCAUCCAGUAUGUGGAAGUGGAUUUGGAUCUGUAUCCCGUAGACACCCGCGUGAGGCUUGCCGUAAGCCCCGAGUUCGACGUGGUGGCCGAUGCGGAUGUUUCUCGCUCUGAGUCAGUAGCACAGCUUUUGGAGAAGUCCGCCAGUCGCUCUCUGAAGGCAGACUUGCGCGGCCUAAUUUACGAAGAGAUUUUCAACAACAUAGCUGUCCGCGAGCAGUGCGAGACGCUUCUCUAUGGACACAGCAUGACACGGUUGGCCAACGAGGUGAUUGCUUUGACGGUGAAAGGCAGGGGUCUGAGGAUCCACGAGGCCGUGGCCGAUCGCACCUCAUCGUACAUGGGCAAAGACCUCCACGUGAUCUUCCCGCUCAGGGACAUUUUGUUUGCCGAGGUGAAGGCCGUCUUAAAGUUGAGCGACGGGCUUUCGAAAUACGCGGUUCUUCCCGUGGCCCAGGGCCCAAGGCCAGUCAAGAAUAUGACAGUGCACGACCUAACCACCCAGUACUUUGAUGGCUUGGAUGCCACCGGGUACGCUUCCACUGCCUCGACCGUGGUGAAAACCGCAGAGAAACUAGGCGGGCCGAGAAGCGAGGCCCCAGACCUGUGCCAGGUAUGUGGUGCGGCCAUCCACCAUAAUCCUAGGGCGUGGCUCCAAAACAUCACCGUCAACUCUGCUGCGCCGUUGAACACAGACGAGGAGCGGGAAUACGCGCGGGAAUACCGGGCGCACUCCCCAGAGAAUGCCACCGGAAAAGACUUGCUAGUUUGCUAUGGGUGCACCGUGACCAUGGCAGGUGCUGGUGAUGGGUUCAUUUGGCCUGUGCGUGCCACCAAGGAGGAGAUUCUCGGCGAGUAUGUGUUGACCGACGAGUCAGAUGAUGAAUAA